CCGUCGCAAUCGCAAGCAAGCACUUUAGGAGAAGCCGCGCUGCUGUCGCAUGUGACAUUUCGCGAGCCCAUCUUACCCUACCAUAUGUGAAAGUAGCUGUGACGCGUUGGACCGCCCUUCGGUGCGUACUGUGCGUAAGCCGUGCGUGAGUCUGCUCGAAAUCCGACUAAAUUCCUCCUUUUUUUUUGUCCGCUGGCUGCUCGAGGCACUCGUUUGUUCAUUGACUUCUCUCUGGAUUUUUUUUUCACUUUCAGUUAUUUUUUUUUCGUUGUUUCGUUGUACCGUCUGUACAUUUUCUCUGUUUAUUCGCGACGUUUCUUCGUCGUCGUUGUCGUCGUCAUAGCCGCUUCGUGGUUGUCGUCGUCUUCAUCGUUCGGUUUCGUUGUUUGCUUGCUUGCUAUUUUCGCUAUUUCCUCGGCUCGAUCGCGUGUGAACGUUAAAACAUUAAUGGUGUGUAUAUUAAGUCGGGGGAAAAUUACGUUUUAACAGCCGUCGCUGCCGCAACCGCAGCCGCUGUGGACCGCGAAGCAAUGGCCCAACAAACCCAAAAGGUGACAGUCGCGGAGUACCAGAGCUAGAAAAAAAAACGAUCAGUUCGCCGCCGGAAAGAAGUUGGCCAAGGCCGGCGCGCUGAAGAAAACCAAUAGCGCGAAAUAAUUGAAGGAGGAAGCAGUCAAGAAAGAGACUACGAAAUAUUGUAAAAGGGGCAUAUCUCGGCGCAAUAAAAGCAAACGUUCAUAUUUAUUUUCUUCUCUCAAACUAAACCAGCUUUUUUCUUGCUCGGACAGAUAGAGAAGACCAGAGACACUCAUUUCGCCGCCUUCGGAAUGUGGCCCCAAAAAGUGUUCCCCAUGCUACCGGGGUGGUGUUAUAUAUUUGUCCCAUGAUUGUUUUUUUUUGGCUUUCUGUUUUUCGCAUAUUCUAACCUGAAACUUUCCACUCUAGAACCCACCGAGCGAAUAUGCUUCUGCGUGGCGUUCAAGCGAAAGUGAGACCACAGAAAAAACAGCGAAGAGAAAAAUGUGAUCUGUUUUGAAAUGGGAAAGCUACUGGCUUGAAAACAACUGUCCGAACCGGCUGAAGGUGGAUUAAUUCAUAGAUGUGUGCUGUCGAAUGAAACUUUGUGGCCGAAGGCUAGUGCUGUUCUCUUGAAAUGCAGCUGUUAAGUUCCUGGCAGAAAAAUCAAAUUGAAAAAACAUCGUCAUAAUUGCAGAAAAAAGAGACGUAUAAACACAUUCAUUCGAAGAUCCCGUAGACAGUGUCCGAGCGAGCGAGCGCCGCGCAGUGUGAGAAGUUGUGGUGACCAAAAGCUAGGAUGAUUCACAGUGCAAAUAGAGGAAACUAUUUUUCUCGCCUCCCAAGGAAGUGAAGAAGGAUAUUGCGUAUCAAACAUUUUAAGCGCUGCCGCCACCGUGACUCGAGAUUGGCAAGUGCGUGCGAAAGAAAGCAGCAGGAGCCCUUUGCGUGUGAGUGAAAAAGAAGGUGGAAGCGCGAGAAAAAGCGAGCGAGAGAAAGAGAGUGCGCGUACAACGAGAGUGACGGAGUUUACGGCAAGGAACAGCAGCAGCAGCAGCAGCAGCAGCAAAAGAACAGUAAGCUGGCCAUUCCUCCGUACCAUCCGUUGUCUAGGUGAAGGAGAAAGGUGUACUUCGGUGGUGUGGAAAGUUAGUAUUUGGAUAUAAACGCGUAAAGUAUGACGUAGUGCGACGAUUUGACCGCUGGAAUUUCGUGCUGGAAGAAGCAGUGGUGUGAAGUUGUGCGUUUCGUCCCGUUCCGGAAAGUGAGAGUGGUGCGUGCGACUUCAGAAUUCGCUACGCAAAACGGAGAAGAGAUCGCGUCGCCGGAAUUAGUAAUGCAAAGUGAAGUUGUGGCCGCGAGGUUAUUACCGAAAACAAAUGGAAGUAGCUAGAAGCCAGAAGGGAAGAAGGAGCAGUCGAAGUAGCAGUGAAAUGAGCUCCGGAGCGGAAGAAUCGCCGCGACUGGUUGAAGAAGCAAAAAGUAGUGAAGGCAGAACGAAACAGUGCCGCGGUGGUGAAAUGGUGGAAUUAGUGCAACGGCAACCGGAAGUGGUGGUAGUGUUCCCAAAAAAAUUGUGGCCUUCGGCAGGGCUCGCAAACCUGCUGGUGCAGCUAGCGACCAAGCUGAAACAGAGGCACAGGACAGCGGUGAUCGGUUCCGCUGCCCACCACAAGAAGAAAAGAAAAACGGAUCAUAGUGUUUUCGGUGAAAUGUGUCAUCAACAGUUGGAAUCCGGAACAACGGCAGCAUCGUCGUCGCUAAGACCCCGGAGGCUUGCCUGGCUGCUGAUGGCAAGUGUUUUGCUGUUUAGUGUGCUAAUUGCACCGGUCAGCAUGGUGCAAGGAAACGAAAUUAGGCCAAGCCAAGGCAGGCGAGACUACAAAAAAGGAGAGGUAUGCGGCAGCGUGGACGUGCGGAACAAUCCCACCAACCUGGAGCGGCUGAACGGAUGCGUCGUGGUGGAGGGCUUCGUCCAUAUCCUGCUGAUCGACAAGUACACCGAGGUGAGCUUCGAGAACUAUACCUUCCCGCUGCUGACCGAGAUCACCGAGUACCUGCUCCUGUUCCGGGUCAAUGGGUUGAAAACCCUGCGGAAGCUGUUCCCCAAUCUGGCCGUCAUCCGGGGUGGUUCGCUGGUCGGUGACUACGCGUUCAUCAUUUACGAGUUGAUGCAUAUCGAGGAAAUCGGUCUAAAAUCGCUGACAAAUGUCGUCCGCGGGGGCGUUCGCAUCGAGAAGAAUCCCAAACUGUGCUUCGCCAACACCAUCGAUUGGAACGCGAUAGCGCCAGGCUCGGAGAACUACAUCAGGGAGAACCAAAAUGAGAACUCUUGCCCGAUCUGUCCUACGAAGACCAACGUCAUACUGCCAAAUGGGACGACGCAGGCCCAGAAGUGCCCGGAGGUGUCGAAUACCAAGGAAACGCUCUGUUGGAAUGCCCAGCACUGUCAGAAAAAGUGUCCGUCACGCUGCGGUGACAAAACCUGUAACGAGCUGGGCGAAUGCUGCAGUGACCAGUGCCUGGGGGGUUGUUCGGGCCCGCACGGAUCGAACUGUACCGUCUGUCGGGACUACAGUAUCGAUCCGGAGGGGAACCGGCAGUGUGUGGACAAGUGUCCGGAGGGAAUGUAUAUCCAUCAUAGCCGCUGCGUGACGGCCGACCAGUGCUACGCGCUCAAGAAGCCGAUCUCGUUGGACUCGAACCCGGAUCUGCCGGCGAAACCGUACAUUCCGCACAACGAGAGCUGCGUCAUGGAGUGUCCGGUGGAUCACGAGUUGGAGGUGGUGAACGAACGGCGGCGAUGCAGGAAGUGCGAGAAGUGUCCGAAGCGGUGUAGCGGGGGUAACAUCGAUAACAUUCAACGGGCCCAAACGUACCGGGGCUGUGAGAUCAUCGAGGGAUCGCUGGAGAUACAGCUCCGGAGUGGGAGUGGCAGUGGCGAGAACAUUGUGAAGGAACUGGAGAAGUUCCUCAGCAGUAUCACCGAGAUCAAGGGUUACCUGAAGAUCGUCCGUUCCUAUCCGUUGCUUUCGUUGGGAUUCAUGAAGAAGUUGAGGAUCAUUCAUGGCACACGGGCCAAAAUAUCCAAUUCUAGUCUCUACAUAGUGGAGAAUCAGAAUCUGCAGGAGCUAUUCGACCAUAACGUUACCAUUGCCGACGGGAAGUUGUUCUUCUACAACAAUCCGAUGCUGUGCGUGAACAAGAUCAAGGACCUGCGGAAGGUUAAUCCAAAGAUUGAGAUCGAUAACGAGGCCCAGCUGGCGGCGAACAACGGGGAUCGGGCCGCCUGCGAGAUUACCGAACUGCAGACCGCUAUCAAGUCCAUCAGUUCCGAGACCGCAAUAAUUCAAUGGGCUCCCUUUACCCAGCUAGCGGACAGUCGGCAGCUGUUGGGUUAUGUGCUGUACUACAUCGAUGCACCCUUCCAGAAUGUGACGUUUUUCGAUGGGAGGGAUGCCUGCAAUACCGAGGGUUGGAAGCUGGACGAUAUCAGUGAGUUCAAGCCGGAGAAUUGGAGCAGCAAAAUACUAACUCAGCUGAAACCGUACACGCAGUAUGCGUUCUACGUGAAGACUUAUACGCUGGCGUCUGAAGGUCUCGGUGGGCAGAGCAAGAUCAACUACUUCAGGACGGCGCCCGGCACGCCGUCCGUUGUCAAGAAGGUGAAUGCAUUCGUUACCGAUAAUAAGUUGACGCUUGUCUGGCAACCUCCGAGACAUAUGAAUGGUGAAUUGCGAGAUUAUGAAAUUUUUGUAGAACUGAACGCCGAUGGCAAGGAACAACUCAAACAGCGCAAUUACUGUGAUGAAGAAAAAGAGAGAAAGUCCCGCGGUCCAGCGCUCGACGAACUGCCAACACUUUCGCCACCCGUGAAUCCAUUGUACACCGCUGAUGUGUGCACGGAAGACGAGUGCCGAAAGUUUUGUCCCGCCUCUUCCAGCAAAUUCGAUCGGUCCAACGCAGAGCUAAAGAUAGGGUUCGAGGAUCAGCUGCACAAUCACGUCUACAUCAAGAAUCCAUCCUCCCGGGACAAACCGAACCGUCGCAAGCGUAGCGUGAUAGCGAUCCCCAGCAACACGACCCUGCUGUUCCCCAACAUCACCGACAAUUUCAACACGGACAGCAAGGAUCGAAGAACGGCGCUGAACUCAACCGAGAAGUACUACCAGUCGUUGUACAACACCACCAACCAGUCGAGCAUCAGCUACCCGUUGAGCUACUUCAAGCACUACGGACUGUAUGUGUUCAAAAUUCGAGUCUGCCGGAAGCCAGCGAUCUAUCCGGGUAACAAUGUCAAGCUGUUCGACACGGAUACUCCCUGCAGCACCGAUGUGAUCUUCAGCUUCCGGACGCCGAAGCGGGAGGGCGCCGAUGAGAUACCGAUGGAAUCGAUCCUGGUGGAGGAACAAUCGAACCACACCCAGCGGGUGAUCAAGGUGCAGUGGCGGGAACCGGUCAAACCGAACGGUCCGGUGGUUUCGUUCAUCGUGCGAUACCAGCGAAUCGAUGUGGCCUCGAUGGAACCCGGCAGCCAGUGCGUUACGUACCAGGAGUUCAGCCAGAGUGGGUUUACCUUCCUGCCCAAGCUGGAACCGGGUAAUUACAGUAUCCGCGUCAUGGCGACGACCAUCGCUGGCCAGGGUCCCUUCUCCGCGCCUCGCUAUGUGUUCCUGAAGAAAGACGACGGUAGCACUACUCUGCUGUGGAGCUUCAUAGUGGCGUUACUGCUGGUUUUCGUGAGUGGAGCCGGGGCUAUCUACUGGUACAAGUGUCGGUAUUUGCGGAUGCAAAACAUGCGCCUCAUUGCGCACGUCAAUCCGGACUACGCCGGGGUCGUUUACAAGAUCGACGAGUGGGAGGUUGAUCGGGAUCAUAUCAUUCAGCUGGAGGAACUCGGCCAGGGUUCGUUCGGAAUGGUGUACAGGGGGAUCUCGACCCAGCUGCGCGGGACUAUCGGUAAUAUUCCGUGCGCCAUCAAGACGGUGAAUGAGAACGCGACCAUCAAGGAGCGGGACAGUUUCCUAAUCGAGGCCUCCGUGAUGAAACAAUUCGAUACACAUCACGUGGUUCGCCUGCUGGGAGUGGUCUCGCAGAAUGGACCCACUCUCGUGGUGAUGGAACUGAUGGCAAACGGAGAUUUGAAGGGAUACCUGCGGAGGCACCGACCGGACUACGAGAAUGGGAAUGAACCAUCGCCGCAGCCUCCGACGCUGCGACAGAUUUACCAGAUGGCGAUCGAGAUUGCUGACGGGAUGGCGUAUCUGUCGGCGAAGAAAUUUGUCCAUCGGGAUCUGGCGGCCCGUAAUUGCAUGGUGGCGGAGGAUCUGACCGUUAAGAUCGGCGACUUUGGUAUGACGAGAGAUAUCUACGAGACGGAUUAUUAUCGCAAGGGAACGAAAGGAUUCCUUCCGGUCCGAUGGAUGUCACCAGAGAGUUUGAAGGAUGGCGUCUUUGACAGUUGCAGCGAUGUGUUCAGUUAUGGCGUUGUGCUGUGGGAAAUGGCCACGCUUGCCUCGCAACCCUAUCAGGGUCUCACGAAUGACCAAGUGCUCCGGUACGUCAUCGACGGUGGCGUCAUGGAGCGGCCUGAAAACUGCCCCGACAAGCUGUACGAACUGAUGCGACGCUGCUGGCAGCAUCGACCAUCAGCGCGGCCUAGCUUCAUCGAUAUCAUCAACCUUCUGCUGCCGGAUGCAAACGAGCAAUUCCACCGGGUGUCGUUCUUCAGUACGAUCGACGCGCAAGAGAUGGCGGCUCCUACGCACCAUCAAAUUAUCAUGGAUGAUGUUACCACUCCACUGCAUCCGGGCGGUCGGGACGAGGAGGAUGACGACGACAUGGACCGGGAUGAGGAGAUGAACAUUGGCGAUGUCGACGAUCAGUACUCGAUCGAGAUGACCAACAGCCAUCUGGUGCCGAACAAUGGCCCGAUGGCCACUAUCCGCUCGCCCCACUCGCCACUAAGUGGACAACUUGGUAACCGAUUGAUCUGUGAUUCAUUAGCCAGUAGAGAUAUUGAUGAUACCAUAGCCGAAGAAGAGGAAGAGGAAGAUUACGAAGAACAAGAACAACCAGCGGAGGAUGCCAGCCAGCAGCAGCAGCAGCACCAGGACGGUGGUCACAUGGACGAAAGCGGACGUGAACCAGAGGAAAUAGUGAUUGAGGGCGGGAGAAGAGUGGGAAGUGCACCAAGUGCAGCAAGAGCAGCGAGCAGUACAAUGAGUGACCGCGCCCGCGCAAGGGAUCGCCGCAGCAAUAGCAGGAACAGAGAAUUGGACAACAGGAUGAAAAGUAGGAGUGUUAGCCCCGGUUUUUCAGUAGCAUCAGCAAACCACGGACUAUCGGGCGAGAGUAACAGCGGGAACCGGCGGGGCAGAAGGAGUGGCAGUAGUGAGCUUACCGACAGUAACAGACAGCAGCAUAACUAUGUGAACAGUGCCCCCGGUGGGACUCUGGUAGGUACCCCUGGUAGCGGUUUCGGUGCUGGUAGCAACAGUGGCGGGUUCGGAUCGAUACCAGCGAUUCCACCGCCACCGCAAAAACAGCAGCAUACCUUCAAUAGACAACAGCAGCAACAGCAGCUGAUCAGCAUCGACUCGGAUCCCUAUGGAAAGGAGUUUGAUGCGAUCAGUACAGACAGCAGUAGAAUUUCGGCAGCAGCAGCAGCAGCAGCAACAGCAGCAGUAACAUCAGGUAGUAGAAUCAAUGGACGUGUCGUUCCCCCAUCGCAGCCCCCACAGCAGUCACUAGAGGGUAGUAAAGAGCUAAUCGCUCUCCGGCUAAGAAACGGAUUCGUAUAACGAGAUCCCGUUUGCGGUCCCCGGCAGAGGGAUCGACCGGCAAUGCUUUUGGGGGGAACACACUCUCCACAAAGUAAAACACACAGUUCCAUGUGUAUGCCACUAGAUGAUGGCAUACAUCAAUUUAUAACAGUUCCACGUGUUCGCCAGCAGCUGGCGGACACAAACUGAAAAUAAUACAGGCUAGCCUUAGGCACUCGCAAUGAUGCGCCAUAGAGAGCAGAGCAGGUAUACAAGUAUUCAAACAGAACUCCUUUUUUAAUCAAGUAAUUUUAAGGAAAAAUCUCAACAUACUCACCUUAGAUCACACUCAUUAGAACUUCACCCCCUCAACCACAAACAAAAAUGUCCCUCUCCUCACACAAGUACGCAGAACAACAAACCCUAAUACUUAGGCAGAAAAAAAUCCAUCGUUUUUAAAGAUUACCACACAGCAAUACCACA